CUUCGCGCAUCUGGUUUCGUUUAAGGAUAUAGACCGUUUGGUUCUCUGCUCCUCUUUUUUUUCACCUUUUUCCUUUAAAAACUCUUUCCUUUCUCCAGUACGUCGUUCCGCCUCUACGUGUGCCAUGUCCCAACUGCCCCACGGUGUCGUGGAGAGCCUCCAGCAACUCCUCUUGGGCUUGGAGUCCAGCGAUAAUAGCAUUCGAAGCGAGGCCGAGAAGAGCUUGAAUAAUGAUUGGAUUCUGGCAAGGCCCGAUUUGCUACUUUCUGGUCUCGCGGAACAGGUGCGGGGGGCGGAUAAUCCUGCUAAACGUUCCUUUGCUGCCGUCUUGUUCCGGCGGAUGGCCAGCAAAUCAUCAACAAAGGAUAAUCAGCCUAGUGAAUUGUUCCUAUCAUUGGCCCCCGAAAUUAAAAUCUACAUUAGGAAUGUUUUGCUUGGUUGCUUUUCGGAGGAAACGGACAAGGCCGCCAGAAACAAGACUGGCGACGCCGUAGCUGAGGUGGCUAGACAGCUGAGUGAUGCGGAAGAAUCAUGGCCGGAACUUUUACAUGCUCUUUUCCUGGCUAGCAAGCAUCUAGAUCCUAGCCAUCGGGAAUCAGCUUUCAGGAUAUUUGCUACUACACCCGGGAUCAUCGAGAAGCAGCACAGUGAGGCUGUCCAAGGGGUAUUCGUCACUGGGUUCGGGGAUGAUGAUUUGGGGGUCCGGAUUGCUGCGAUGGAGGCAUUUUCAGCCUUCUUCAGAUCGAUUAAGAAGGCGGCGCAAAAGACGUUUUACCCGCUUCUUACCCAUAUCCUCAACAUUUUGGUGCCCAUAAAGGAUUCACAAGAUUCAGAUAAUCUCUCGAGAGCACUCAUGGCCCUCAUUGACCUUGCUGAGGUCGCCCCGCUAAUGUUCAAGCCCUUGUUCAACAAUGUUGUCAAGUUUGGAAUUUCGGUAGUGCAGGAUAAGGAUCUGACGGAUUCCGCAAGGCAGAACGCAUUGGAAUUGCUGGCUACAUUUGCAGAUAAUGCGCCUAACAUGUGCAAAAAAGACCCACUCUACACCUCUGAGAUGGUUACGCAGUGUUUGAGCUUGAUGACGGAUAUAGGAACUGAUGAUGAUGACGCUUCGGAAUGGAAUGAAUCUGAUGAUCUUGAUAUGGACGAAAGCGACCUCAACCACGUCGCCGGCGAGCAAUGCAUGGACCGUCUUGCUAACAAAUUGGGUGGAUCUGUUCUUCUUGCGCCCACUUUCCAAUGGCUUCCAAGAAUGAUGACUUCCUCUGCGUGGCGUGAUCGACAUGCUGCCCUGAUGGCUAUCUCGGCUAUCUCGGAAGGCUGCAGGGAUAUGAUGGAAGCCGAGUUAGACAAGAUCUUGGAUCUGGUUGUUCCCGCUUUGAGAGAUCCUCACCCACGAGUGAGAUGGGCUGGGUGUAAUGCGUUAGGGCAGAUGAGCACGGAUUUUGCCGGUAUUAUGCAAGAGAGAUAUCAUAGCAUCGUUCUUACCAAUAUAAUACCGGUCCUUGAGUCUCCUGAGCCAAGAGUCCAAUCGCAUGCGGCUGCCGCUCUGGUCAAUUUCUGCGAAGAAGCCGAGAAGGAAGUCCUUGAGCCCUAUCUCGAUGACUUGCUUCGACGUUUGUUGGAACUGUUGCACAAUGACCAGAAACGUUACGUCCAGGAGCAGGCACUCUCCACCAUUGCUACCAUCGCCGAUUCUGCGGAAGUUGCGUUUUCUAGGUACUAUGAUACCUUGAUGCCUUUGCUAUUCAACGUCUUGAAUCGCCCUCAGGACCCUGAGUCAAAGGAUCUUCGUCUACUUAGCGCAAAAGCUAUGGAAUGCGCUACUUUGAUUGCCCUUGCAGUGGGGCGUGAGAGACUUGGUAAUGAUGCGGUUCAACUUGUCCAGGUGCUUGGACGUAUUCAACAGAAUGUUACCGACCCUGACGAUCCACAGGGGUCAUACCUCCUUCAUUGCUGGGGCCGUAUGUGCCGUGUAAUGGGCAAUGAUUUCCUUUCAUACCUUCCUGCUGUCAUGCCUCCCCUCCUAGAGCUUGCAAGUGCUAAGGCAGACGUCCAACUUCUUGACGAUGAUGAACAUGUGGCACAAAUUGAGCAGGAGGAAGGAUGGGAGCUUGUUCCUGUUCGCGGAAAAUACAUUGGAAUCAAAACAUCAGCUUUGGAUGACAAAUAUAUGGCAAUUGAGCUUUUGGUGAUCUACGCUCAACAACUAGAGGCUGCAUUUGAGCCAUACGUCCAGUCAGUUAUGAGGGAUAUUGCUAUCCCAGGGUUGAGCUUUUUCUUCAAUGAUGCGGUUCGGGUUGCUUCCGCUCGACUUGUCCCUCAACUCCUCAAUUCUAUCAAGAAGGCCCACGGUCCAGGUUCCGCUCAAUUAGUGGAAGUUUGGCAGCUAACUCUUGCGAAAAUACUCGAUGUCCUAGCCACCGAGCCAGCAGUCGACACAUUAGCCGAGCUUUACCAGUGUUUCUACGAGUCGGUUGAGGUGAUUGGCCAGAACUGUUUGCCCGCGGAGGCUAUGUCUACCUUCAUCAAUGCCGCAGAUGGCGCUCUCCGGGAGUACCAACAAAGAGUGCAGGUUCGUCUCGAAGAGGCUCAAAAGCCCGAGGAGGAAAGAGAGGACAAUGAGGACGCUUUGUAUGCCAUUGAGGAUGACCAAACCCUGUUGUCUGAUAUGAACAAGUCUUUUCACACUAUCUUCAAGCACCAGGGUAUCUCAUUCCUCCAACACUGGGAGCGAUUGCUACCAUUCUACGAUGCCUUUAUUACCAGCCCAGACCCUACGCAGCGACAAUGGGCGCUCUGUAUUAUGGAUGAUGUUCUGGAGUUUUGCGGACCCGAGGCCUGGAAGUAUCAAAACCACUUUGUUCAGCCACUCAUAAACGGCCUGUCUGACCCGAUUGCUGCCAACCGGCAAGCCGCAGCCUAUGGUGUGGGCAUUGCCGCCAAGAAUGGGGGCCCGAUGUUCUCCGAGUUUGUUGCAGCCACAAUUCCAAAGCUUUUCGAAGUCACUCGACACCCCCAGGGCAGGCAGGAGGAUCACGUUUUUGCGACCGAGAACGCCUGCGCUUCCAUCGCCAAAGUUCUUCACUUCAAUUCCAGCAAAGUGGGGGACGUACAGGCUGUUGUCCAGGCCUGGGUUGGGACUUUGCCCGUUGUUAACGAUGAUGAGGCUGCGCCGUAUGCCUACUCGUUCCUAGUGCAGUUGAUUGAAGGAAAGAACGCCGCCGUUCUCGGUAACGUUCCUCAAAUUUUUGACUACGUUGUUAGAGCUCUUGAUGCGGAGACCAUCCAAGGCCAGACUGCGGAAAGGGUUGUUACCGCUACCAAGAGCCUUUUGGCUAUGGCCGGCGGCUCGGCGGCUCAGGUUUUGGCUUCCAUGCCAGUGGAACGCCACAACGCGGCCAGGCGUUGGUUCUCAUAGUGGAUGUGGGAUAGGGUAUUGGUGAGGGGCGCUCUUGGGUCGUUGUCUUAUUUUUCCUUGUCGUCGCUACGGCAUCAUUAUUGUCUUAGAAUUAGCAACUCUCUUGUUAUGUAACUGGACAGAUAAAGGGAAGGGGGGAUAUGGAUGCCAUACCUGUUGAUUUUGCUUCUAUCAACCUUGUGGGAGGGGCAAGUGAAGGGCGAGCGCCCGGAUUCUUGGAGUCUCAUUGUUGAAGAAAAAGAAAAGGGUUAGUUGGAGAAAUGUAGUUCCUCUGUUU